AUGAUUAGAUAUGUCGUAUUUCUCGUUCUUCUCUCAAUUUGGGCCAGUGUUGAAGGUCGAAGUAUCUCUCAAUUCUUAACAGAAAAAUCGACAGGGACCAAAUGGGCUGUCCUAGUUGCUGGCUCCAAUGGAUGGUGGAACUACAGGCACCAGGCUGAUGUGUGCCAUGCUUACCAACUACUGAAGAAAGGGGGUCUCAAGGAUGAGAACAUCAUUGUAUUUAUGUACGAUGACAUUGCUAACAAUACAGAGAACCCUAGACCUGGAGUCCUCAUCAAUAACCCACAUGGUCAAGAUGUUUAUCAAGGUGUUCCUAAGGAUUAUGUAGGUGAAGAUGUUAAUGCUGAUAAUUUUUUCAAUGUUAUACUUGCCAACAAAAGUGGUAUCACUGGGGGUAGUGGGAAAAUUUUGGACAGUGGUCCAAAUGACAAUAUUUUCAUCUAUUAUACUGAUCAUGGUGGCCCUGGCAUUGUUUCAAUGCCAACUGGACUUGUCUACGCGAACGAUCUGAUUAACGUGUUGAAAAAGAAGCAUGCUUCUGGGACAUAUAGUAAAAUGGUGUUUUACUUAGAAGCUUGCGAGUCUGGAAGUAUGUUUGAUGGUCUUCUUCCUGAAGGUCUAAAUAUCUAUGUCACGACUGCAUCAAAACCAGAUGAAAACAGUUGGGGAACGUAUUGUGGUUUGGGUAGUGGUGCUUGUUUAGUUGAGUGUCCUCCUCCAGAGUUUGACGGUGUUUGCUUGGGAGAUUUGUACAGUGUUGCUUGGAUGGAAGACAGUGAUGUCCAAGAUCGACAAACUACAACUUUGGAUAACCAGUAUGACAGGAUUGCAAACAGAACUGCAGCCAACCUAACACAUGGUUCCCAUGUCAUGCAAUAUGGUGAUAUGGAGUUAAGUGUUGAUGCUCUUUUCCAGUAUAUGGGUUCUGUUUCCACAAGCCAUAGUCAAGCUCCCUGUCCCAUGGCAUCUGCUCCCAGUCCCAUGGAUGCCGCGUCAUUCUUGACAUCCUCAGAAAAUGUGGACCAACGUGACACUGAGCUUUUCUACUUGACAUCCAAAUACCAAGGUGCUCCUAAAGGAUCUAAUGAGGAAUUUGAAGCUAAUCGGAAGCUUAAUGAGGUUAUAUCACAGAGAAAUCAAGUGGAUAACAGCGUAAAGCGUCUUGGAGAGCUUCUGUUUGGAGUUGAAAAAGGUAAUGAGGUGCUGCAGAGUGUUCGACCUGCUGGACAACCACUUGUUGACAAUUGGGAUUGCCUUAAAUCCUAUGUCAAGACAUUCGAGGCACAUUGUGGAAAACUAACUGCGUAUGGAAAGAAACAUGUACGUGGUAUCGCCAACAUCUGCAAUGCUGGAAUUGAGAGUGAGGAGAUGGUUGCUGCAACUGCACAAGCAUGUUCAAGCUAACUA